CACAGAGGGAGUUUGGUUUCAAGGUUACCCGCGCAAGGUAGUUUCUGAUUUCACAUUUCUUGAUACUCAGGCAAACAAAAUGAGGUAAGUUAAGGUGAACUUUGUUUGAAUUCCGGCGAAAAUGUGUGAAAAUCGCCAGCGUGAAUAUAGGCGAAAAUUAAUCAAAAUAUCGGCCAUUUCCACAGUCCGGAUAAAUAGUGUGUAUAUUUUCCCCGAUGAGAGGAAAACUUUCGUAAUUAACGCUUUUGGCUCCUCCGAAGUUAACUCAAUCUGUCCAUUUUUUCCCGAAAUUAACCCUGAUUCGUCUUUUUGCUCCAAAUUACCUUCCAUUUCGUCUACUUUUCCCCAAAAUUUACUCCAAACUAUCAAAUCUUUGGAGUAAUAACAAGUGAAGUAGUUAAUUUUUAUCUGAACCUAGUGCUCCAGUAUAAUAUAUGCUUUGGGGGUUUGCCUUCAAUUUUGUAGGUCAAAGAAAUCAUAUACGUGCUCUACAAUAAUCAACGUAGUGAUUUAAACGGGAACGAUUUGUUAACAAUAUUUGCAUAUACAGUUGUCAGGAACAUUUACGUAGAGGAAACGGUGAAACGUCCACAUUAAAACGAACAAAAAAUUGUCUUCAUACGAGAUAUUCAUAUACAUUAUCGUUUACCUUCUACAUCUAGUUAGUUUCAGUGUACUCGCUCAAAGUUAUCCAUUUUCUUUUUUUGUAAUGAUAUCACUACCAUUUACGAACUACUCAUCUGUCAUUUACACUCGUGAAUAUUCUACGAUAACGACUUCCAAUUCAUAAGAAAAUAUUAUUGAAGAACGAGUAUUUGACUAAAUGUUAUUUACAACGAAAAUACCAAGUCGAAUAACCAUAUCAUUGGGUUGUUUCUUUCUAGUUCACCAUAUUUUUGGAGAUUCAUUGUCUGACGUCGUUCAAAAUGUCGAUGUAAAUUCUUCUCAUCCAUCUGUAUCAUUAUUCCCAGUUUCCAACUUAUCUUCACCUAAAAAUGAGCCGAGUACAAAUCAGACCACACAGGCUAAAUGGCAGCAUUUAUGUCCAUAUAUGAAGUACAAGUGUAGUGAGUUACCAGGUUAUUGUCUUAUGUGCACUUUCAAUACUUCAUGUGUUUAUGGUGCGGUAGUCAAUGUUACUUGCUUCCCCCGUCCAGGAGUUUAUUGCAAAGAUUCAAGUGGUAUAGCUCAAGUAAACCAAACUUCUCAAACUAAUUCAUCAGAGUUUUCUUAUCCUAUGAGCGACCAAACAAAAUACCUAAUUCAAAAACCGAUUGUGUGUCGAUUUUGCCACCAAUUGGAUGAUACUGAGAUUGUUUGUAUCGGUCGAACUAACUGUCGUCAACCUAAUGUACCUCGGAGCUUUUAUGAAACGAAGUGUGAACCAUUUCCUCAUAUAUUAUGCAUAGGACGAAGAGUAUUCAGGCGUAUGGUACUUUGUGAUUGGUCUUCUGGUAAAAGUUAUAUACUAACUGUUAUCUUAAGUUUAUUUUUCGGAGGUUUGGGAGUUGAUCGUUUUUAUUUGGGCAUGUGGAUAGAAGGAUUAGGCAAAUUAUUUAGCUUCGGUGGCCUUGGUUUAUGGAGUAUCGUUGAUUUUAUCUUAAUUGUAUCCGGAUAUGUAAAGCCUCCUGGAGAUGCUGUAUACUGGUGAUAUAAUAGGACACAAUAGUGAUGUAACUCGCCCAUAUAAUUCGAGCUAAAUUAUACCUUUUACUAUUUCCAAUAAUUUCAACAACUAUCUCGUGCUCUAAUUCUUCCGGUCUCCCAUAUAUAUAUCUGUGUCCUCCAAGUGUUAGUUUCUAGCACUUGAACGUAUGUUAAUAACUUGUAUAUUUUUUAAUGUAUUUGUUACUGUUUUUUCUGAAAAUGUAAUCUUAACUCUUCUUUUUUUGCAAAUGUUCAUGAUUAUCCUAAUAAUUCUUCAUUUUAGUCAAAUGAUAUUGUUUGUCAAUAGUUUGCAAUUAAAAUAUUUUUUCCAAAAAAUUUGUAUUCAGCGGUAUCAAUUCAAUUAACACUGUUUGAUUUAGUGAUAAACAGAUUAUCUAUCAAUAUGAUUAUAAUAUUAUAUCUACAUAACAUUAUUACGACAAUUUAAUUAAAAUUAGUCAUCAAUUGGUUACUUUAUCUAAAUUGCAUUUAUUUAUUGUUCCUACGAUUCCUCCUGUAUCGUUGUACUCUAGGCUUUGCGUAUAAGAAAUACUAUAACAAAUUGAAUGUACAAAAUCGUUAUGGUGGAUUUGUUGUGCUAAUAAUGUAUGGCAACUUGGACUGAUGCAUAUAUGUGUCUGUUAAUGCGUAUAUUUGGAAUAUAACAAUAAAUUUGCUAGCUCA